AUGGCUCGUUACCGAGCUCUGCUUUGCCUCUUGCUGGCCGUGGCUUUGUGCUGCGCACUCAACGCCACGAUUCUCUACAGGGGUGGCGUUUGGCGUGCUUACUUUCUUCCGACGGAGGAUGUCUGGGAUUCUAUCCAUGCACACGGCAAGGGAUUGGCUGGAGGCAUCUGGCAGUACAACCAAUCCAAGCUAGAAAGCUCGACCAUGAUGAAGUACCUAUCUUCGAAAUCUUACGAGUCAAUCUGGGAUGUCUCUUGCAAUGUCGGAUUUAUGCUAUCGAGCUUAUUGUCGAAACAUCCAUCUGCGAAGCAUUUCGGCACCGACAUAAGCAACGUUAUGGUCGAAAGCACGCGGCAGAAUUGCCCCAGCUGUGUUGCAGCGCAGUUUGACUUGGGGAACCUCCGACAUCCAGGGAUCGCUGCGCAGGAAGUAGUCCAUGAAGCAUGGCACCGCGAGGACGUGCCUCGUUCCUUCGAUGUCAUACUGGUUUCUGACGUGCUCCUCUUCAUACGCUGGGGUGGCAUCCCGCCUGUCUUGCUACGAUGCGACUGCUGCUGCUCGAUAUUCAGGAAGUGGGCAGUGCCCUCGCAGAAAGCGUUCAUGGAGAACAUUGCCAGUCUGGCGCACGACGAGGUCGUGUUCUCCUACAAUCAGGGAAACCUGAUCGUGGUCACAAUGAUGCAGGAGCUGGGGGUUAAGUUUGACGACCAAUACAAGAUCUGGAGGGUGCCAGGCACUGCCAAGCAAGGGAGAUAUUUGCUCAGUCAUCAGAAGUCUGGCUUGCGGAGUGGACUGAGCGGUGUGGCCUAG